GACUAGCUCCGGAUCGAACAAUGAUAUUUGUUGGUGUGGGGUUGACUCACGAUCUGUUCGUCUGAUCUCGUCGGGAGGGAAGAGACCUGUGAAAGAGCCGAGGUUGCCCCCCGGAUUAAGCUCCGACGAUCAAGUCAGUUUAUGUUUAUGGUGAAAGUUGAGAGAACAAGGUAGAGAGAUAAGGAAAAGUGGAAAGUCAGGAGAGAGGAGAAGUCCCUCUUUUGGGGGGGCUUCAAGCCCUUAUAUACCUGUAGCGCGUACCGCGCGUCGCGCAUCGCUGAUGGUGCGCCCUUCGCGCAUCGCCGAUUGUGCGCCCUACUACUUAGUCUGUGAACGGAGUAUUUAGUAAUACCCCCAACAAUUGCCCCCCAAGCUGGUGGUGAGUCUUAACUCAUCACUAGCUUAUUAUUUUUUUAAAAAAAUCUUUGUCGGUAAUUUUGGAUGGAGCCCUGUGUACCCCAGUUGCCCCUCAGCUGGUGGCGCAUUUGAUUGACGCGGUGCCAGCUUCUUUCGUCUUGCCCCCCAGUUGGUGUAUUUCAUUAAGGUGUGUAGCCUUCACCAAUUGUUGAUUCUUCAUGGAGCUCUCCUCGUCGGGGUUUUUUAACCCUCAGUUUGGAGUUCUCCUCGUCGGGGUUUUUAACCCUCAGUUUGGAGCUCUCCUCGUCGCGGUUUUUAACCCUCAGUUUGGAGUCUUCAAGGCAAUGUGCCUCUCCUCGUCGGGGCUUUUAACCCUCAGUUUGGAGCUCUCCUCGUCGGGGUUUUUAACCCUCAGUUUGGAGUCUUCAAGGCAAUGUGCCCUCUCCUCGUCGGGGCUUUUAACCCUCAGUUUGGAGCUCUCCUCGUCGGGGUUUUUAACCCUCAGUUUGGAGUCUUCAAGUCAAUGUGCCCUCUCCUCGUCGGGGCUUUUAACCCUCAGUUUGGAGCUCUCCUCGUCGGGGUUUUUAACCCUCAUUUUGGAGUCUUCAAGGCAAUGUGCCCUCUCCUCGUCGGGCCUUUUAACCCUCAGUUUGGAGCUCUCCUCGUCGGGGUUUUUAACCCUCAGUUUGGAGUCUUCAAGGCAAUGUGCCCUCUCCUCGUCGGGGCUUUUAACCCUCAGUUUGGAGCUCUCCUCGUCGGGGUUUUUAACCCUCAGUUUGGAGUCUUCAAGGCAAUGUGCCCUCUCCUCGUCGGGGUUUUUAACCCUCAGUUUGGAGCUCUCCUCGUCGGGGUUUUUAACCCUCAGUUUGGAGUCUUCGAUGCUCUUAUUGAAGUCUUAUUUGUGUGCUUCGUUGAGACUUAUUUGUAGAUCUUCGAUGCUCUUAUUGAAAUCUUAUUUGUGUGCUUCGUUGAGACUUAUUUGUAGCUUCUUCGAUGCUCUUAUUGAAGUCUUAUUUAUGUGCUUCGUUGAAACUUAUUUGUAGCUUCAUCGAGGCAAUGUGCCCUCUAUUAGCGCCAUUAACACUCUAUAAAAUAUUUCAAUAUUU